AUGCAGAAUAGAAACAGCUCCUCCCGAGCCAUGAUGGUGCUUCCUUAUACUGUUGCUUUCCUACUCCUUUCCUCCUUCCAAACUGUAAAAAUCGCAAACUCGCAAUCAUUCAUCGGUAUAAACUAUGGCCAAGUUGCGGACAACCUUCCACCACCACCAUCCACCGCAAAGCUUCUUCAAUCCACUCCAAUCCAAAAGGUCCGAUUAUAUGGAUCGGACCCCGCCAUAAUCAAAGCCUUAGCCAACACCGGAAUUGGAAUUGUUAUCGGCACUGCAAAUGGUGACAUUCCAGGACUAGCCUCUGAUCCCAAUUUUGCCAAGAGCUGGAUCAACACAAACGUGCUUCCCUUCUAUCCAGCUAGCAAUAUCAUCCUCAUCACUGUCGGCAACGAGGUCAUGACUUCCAAUGACCAGAAUCUCGUGAACAAGCUCUUACCAGCAAUGCAAAAUGUACAGAAUGCUCUAAAUGAUGCAUCGCUCGGGGGUAAAAUUAAGGUCUGCACAGUUCAUCCGAUGGGAGUGCUUAAGCAGUCUGAGCCACCUUCUUCUGGAAGCUUUGAUCCAAGUUAUGGAGAUCUGAUGAAGGGCUUGUUGGAGUUUAAUAGUGCGAAUGGUUCGCCUUUCGCAAUCAAUCCCUACCCUUACUUUGCCUACAGAAGCGAUACAAGGCCUGAGACUCUUGCUUUUUGCCUUUUCCAGCCGAAUGCAGGACGAAUGGAUGGAAACACUAAGAUCAAGUACAUGAAUAUGUUCGAUGCCCAGGUGAGAGUAAAUCAAAUUGCAAGUGCGAAAAUUUUGUAUCAAUAG